CGCAUCUCGUUCCCGGAUGUAUGACGUCAUUGAAAAAGCUGUCGCCAUCAUUGAUCCUGAGUGCCCUUUAAAGCCUUAAUUUUAAUCAACCUCGGGCUCGGCAACAUCUAUUCUAGGGCAGUUUGUCCUAUGUACUGAAUAUGUACCUGUCUCAGCCAGGAGCUGCAGGAGCCCAGCCGGGGGCCGACCAGGAGGGGGCACCGAGGCCCCCGAACCCCCAGCACCAGGCCGCCUCCAAGCGGAUACAGCAAACACAGGCACAAGUGGAUGAGGUGGUGGGCAUAAUGCGUGUCAAUGUUGAGAAAGUUUUGGAACGAGACCAGAAGCUGUCUGACCUGGAUGACCGUGCAGAUGCCUUGCAACAAGGUGCUUCACAGUUUGAGCAGCAGGCUGGAAAGCUGAAGAGGAAGUUUUGGUGGAAAAACUGCAAGAUGUGGGCCAUCUUAAUUGGUGUCAUUGCAAUCAUAAUAAUUAUCAUUAUUGUUUGGGCAUCAACAGGCUAAGAGGGUGAAAGCGAGCACAAGAGAAGAAUGAAGUCGAGGAAGGAGGAAGAGGCACACUGCACAAAAGCCGAGAGAAAGAAAAAUGUUUCGCCCGAUUAUUUUGUGCCGCACUCCACCACACAAGACUGCGUGUCACCAAGUGGGGUUGUCCCACUCGCUUAGCAUCGCAGCGUCGCCGAAUCGCUCUGAGACAAAACUAUUUUCCCUCAGUGUGACGUGUCGUGACACUCAUCGCUCUGUGCUGUAUUGUUCACCAUUAUCUUUCUUGUACUUUCGUGACAUUUUUUUUUUUCGGCUGGUAUUUUUUUUAUGCUAGCUGUAUUAUGCUCCUUGCAGUUGCUUUAGGUUGAACGCUGAUGUGAAGACUCUGCUCAUGGCUAUUUGAAGGAGCUUGAUUAUCCUUGUGCAAGUGCUUCCUGGGUUGAUGUGUGGUAUGUUCUGGAAGGCUUGCAUUGAGUUCCCCCUAAUGUACUUGAUAUCCUGAACAAAUUGAUAUUUGUGCUUGGCAUUAAAUUAAGUUAUUGUGGCCUUGCACAUCUGUGGUUAUGUAGUAGGUGACACUAUCAAGCUUUGGGCUGCUUUCCAGGAAAAUCAUGCUCGAGUUCUGCAAUGUAACAUACGUAUGGCAUGAGCAUCUCCAGAGGGCAUCUUGUAUGACCCACAGAGUUCUGAAGGCAUCUUGUACUUCCGUAUGGAGUUGCCAUGAUUUCAAAGAGCGGCCUCUGCUGCACUGGACCAUAUAAGACAGGCAGUUGUGCAUUAGCCACUAACCUUUUUAAGACGUUGCUUAUGAUAUGGCAUUUCAUGGGCAUUCAGAAUAGGUGCUCUGUGAUUGGCAUCUGGACUUGGAGUGGCAGAUGGUUAGGGUUCAGUUGUUUUACGACCAGAAACACAAUUUCAAGUCUAGGAGCAUGUAACUUAGGGGCCUUACUAGACCGACCCACAAGGUCUUGUAUUUGCUGCACUUGUGUUACCAUUGCUUUGCCUUUGCAGAGAGCAUCUUUCUUGGAUGAGUGUCUCAAUAACACAACAGCUGCAGUUUGCUGUACAUGUCCACAUUAGUGUUCAGGGUAUUUGUUUACCGGGCCAGUAAAUUGUGCAGUUCUUGUGAGGAUGUAAACUAAUUUUGGCCCCUCUUCUGCCAAGAUAACAGCAGUCACUGGACUGCUUGACUGCUGCGUUGUGGGCAACAGGUUGAGACUUGUAUGAAAAGGUUCUAUGGAAAGCUGUCAUAUCUGUAAGGCAGUCUUUCCGAGUCCAGGUGUCACUUGCAGUUUGCCAAAGCCAUGUCUCUGAUACGUUUGUGCAAGUUGUUGAGUACAGCCUGUGUUUCAUUGCUACUGUGACGAGAACAUAUCUACAAACACAGGCUGUCAUAAGGCCGAGACCGUGUGACCUCUUGAGAGCUUGUGCAGUCACUCGCUAUUACUUAGCAUCACCUUGCAGCGUGAUGUCUGUUGUUGAGCAAAGGGGCACUUAGGUUCUUGUUUUUGUUGCUCGUGUUUAUGUUGUUGCUUUUCCUUUUUUUCUUCGAUGUUCUUGUUUCUGUUGCAGUUUAUGCAUCCACCUCAACCUCGUCGACAAAGACCAAGUGAAUGUCCCUCCUCUCGCCUUGGGUCUUGAGGCUUCAGUAUAUUUCUUUUUUUUUUUUAUACCUAACAUUGCCAGCGCGAGAGCAGUGCAGCUGAUAGCUCUUUCCUUUUCUUUUUUUCUUUUUAAGCUGUCACUUUGCUGUCAGCAAUUUCAGAAAUCACAGAAGACUCCUUUUGUGACUUUACCUGCUUUCAGCAUUUCUUUUUCUUUUUUUUAACCUCUGUCACUGCUUGUCUUGUAAUUAAAAGGGAUGACUGCAGUGCUGUUCUUUGUUAAUGCUAUCUAUAUAGGUACCGUCAUUGUAAAUGCGCGAUAAUGAAAUUGAGCUCUCGUACUGCUGCUGUUGUUUCAAUGCUUACUGUGAAUUUGGUGUACAUUAUUGUUGAUGCGGGAAUCGAAAUUGAGUUCUCUCUUGCUUGUGACGAAAUAUGUGCGUACGUAUGUGUGCCGCAUGUGUGCAAGUGCAUGCAGUUGUGUGUGUGUGUAUGUGUGAGCCACUGGAUGAUUAAGCACCUUUAUUCUUCAGCUAAGUUGUAUUUAUUCAAAAUACUGCCAGCGUUGUAACAUUGUGACCUCUCCUUCCUGCGUAUUGCAUGUACAUAAAUAACUUAGCUACAAGUGUCACUAGGAGAGGAGGAGCAGCAGCAGCAGCGUUCACACCAUCUCGGUGAAGCAUGGCCUCUCAGAGUAACAGCGGACUGCCCAGUCUUGGAGGUCAUUACUGAAGUCCAUAGGGUCCAGUGCAGACACCCAUCCAUGCGGCGCUCCGUCGCACUGUGCGAAAAAUUAUUUGCAAGGCAGCGCAUUGUAGGCUUAGCUGUGCUUUGUGCAGUUGCAUGCCUGAUUGCAUGCCUGAUUGUGUGGGACGCAACCGUCAUAGUAUGGUGUGAACGCGGCUUCAGCGAAAAUAGUGUCUAUUGCUUGCGAAGCUUAACACGUGCAGGUAGCUUGUUUCCAGUGAGAGCACCAGUGUAUGCAGUAUAAUGCGCUUGUCUAGUGAAUUUGGCAAGAAUCGGAACCUGCUAGUGGAUCGUGCCUGUCGGUGCCGCUCGAAAUAUGUGCAUAGCUGGGGCGGGCGCAUCGCACUGUCGUGAUGUAUCGCUAAACGCUUCACGAUUAGUCUGCACGAACGACUAGUGACAAAAUUGGCGCAGGACGAGGCCUAACUUCACUAAAUACUUGGCUGACGCUAAGCUGAAUACCUAAAUACCGACUCCUGUACUCGGAAUUUAUGCCUUAGGUGAUGGUGCUGUUGCUCUCGGUGGCGCGCACCUGCUUUUGAACGGCAUUCCACGUUUCUGAUGUCACUUCUUUCUCCCCCGAUGGCUUCGGUGGCACGGAAAGGUAAAAUUAGCAAGUAUGAUCGUAUGAGUCUCUGUCGGAUACAGUGAGGUUAUAGGACAAUGUUCGAAGAGAGAAUGAGCUAGUGCGCCUUAGUGGUGUCUGUAGAGUGGUUGGCUUCGCGAGAGCAUCCAGUGUAGGCAGUCGUAAGGCCCAGCUACCCGUAGUUAAAGGUUUGGCAGAGCAGCCACUUGUUUUCCAUACGCAGACGCAAACAGCACUGCGUAUGUGGCGUUUGUAAUGCACAGAAUUGUCGAAUACCAAUGUUUUUGGUGGAAGUUACGUUGCUCCUUGUGGCGAGCUUUAUUAGCACGGUCGUCGCGCUAGCGCGUGAACUCUCACUCCAAUCUAAAGCUAGCACGCCUAGCUCGGCGACGAGCAACUAACGAUUCCGAUUCUUUAAAUAAGGUGUUAACAUUGGGUGUGCAAAUGUGUCGCAACGUUGAUCUAUAUAUUUCGUGAGCACGUCAUUUCUCCAAUGCCUUGCAGAAGGUGUUGUUUUCGGGUCUCUCGCAGGAAAAUAUCCUGAACAUGGCUUUGCAAAAAAAGGAAGCACCGCAAAGGACGCUACGAUUGUCGUGGGACAGAGUUGCACAUUAGAGAGUAACAUAUUUAAGCGUAUACUCCGCAGUGGUUGUAGAACUUGCUGGUCGGCAUGGCUUUUGGUAAUAGGUGCACAUACUCGAGAACUGAACUGUGCAUCCUGUUGAUGCGAGAGUAGCUUCUCCCCGCCCUCCGUUUUUCUUUCGAUAACUGGCUAAGAAGUUGAGCUCAUUCAUGUCAGCCGUGGGUAAUGUGCUGUUUCUUUGUUUCUAAAGAAGUGCAUUUUCGCCCGACAAGGAGCUUAAAAAUGAGGCAUGUUUAGGGGUGAAAUUGUGCUCCCUGAACCAUUCCAGUCUGCCUCCUCCCACUUUGCUCGAGUCUGCUGAUUAUCCCGACUUUGGUGUGCAUGUGUUUGCGUCUGUGCAUAUCUCGUUUCUCUCUCUCCGCUUGUCACUUUGGAGUCUUCUCCAGCACGAUUUAAAAAAAAAAUGCUGACAGCCGCUGUAUAGCUGCGUAUACUAACUGCAAUUACAAAAAAAAACUUCAUGUAAAUGUGUAUAAACAUAGAGGCAUAUAUGCAGCGUGCGCCUGCAUGUGUGUGCGCGCGUGUGCAUGUGCGUGUGUAUACGCGUAUCUCACUGUCUUUGAGGUCAGAUUCUGAGGGUUUCCCGAAACCGCGCGCGGUUGGUUGGUGUGGAUGUUCCUUGUUUUUCACACUUUUGUGAAACAUAGUGUUGUACCGCUUUGUUACAAGUCCCUUUCAUUUUGUGUGAGCUUCUGUUUUUCUUUUCCUGACGAAUGUGAGAGUUGAUGCAUGGUGUUACGAUGACGUUGAUUAUUUAAGAUAUUGCGAGGAUAGUCUUGGGAGAGAAUAAUAAAAGCACUAGCCUUUGAAUCAUU